CUUGACUUGCUAUAUCAUCAACCCACGAUCUGCGACGUUCGAAAUGACUUCUGAAAGCGAGCCAAAUACAUCACUCCCGUUUAGCCCUAUACAACAGACGCUGCCGGCGACGCCCUCUCGCUCGACCUCACAAGUAUCAAUGGUUUCUGCCGAAGCCUUAUUGUCCCAUAGCAGCCCCACAAAGCAACUCACGCCAUCACACCGUUCGUCUCUACCUUCGGCACUACCUUAUAAUACUCUUCUUAAUGCACCGGCAGGUAGUCCUGCGUUAAGGGCACGCGCCUCGACAGCUUCAUCAAGUCGAGCACCUUCGGUCUUGGACGACGCUCGUGUAGAGCAUAACGAUAGUGAAACUCAAGUCUUAGAAAUAACACCACCAAUGGAUAAUUAUGAGCUUGAUGGAGGUAGUGACCACACAAGUUUGCCUUCUGAUGCGUCCUCCAUCAAGGGCAAGGAGAAGCAGCGAUCGAAUGAUCGCAAUGAGAUUGAAACUGUGGGAGCUGGAGGGGAAAUGGCUUUGCCUUCGGGAGAUGCUAGAAAAGGACUGAAAGAACUUGUGCGGAGGAGCACUACAGCGGAUAAAGGUUAUGGAGGGCAUGAUCACCGUCGGCUAUCGGAAAAGCUUUCACAAAAUGAAAAUCUACAAAUUCUGAUAACACAGUCAGACAAGAUGUCCUAUUCGCCUCGAUUGUAUUAUGUUUUAACGAAUGCUGGAAAACCCGUUUUCUGCUCACAUACCCGCCCCUCUGAGGAUGAUGUUACUAACCUCAUGGGUGUCGCGCAAGCAUUAAUAUCCAUCUUUGCCGACGAUGAUGAUCGAUUAAGAUACAUCAUUAAAGGCAACCAUCGCGUAGCAUUUCUGUUAAAAGCACCGCUGUAUCUAUUCUGUGUCAGUGAUUGGGGAGAACCCGAGCAUGUUUUACGGCUACAACUGGAAUAUAUUCAUCUCCAAAUCCUUUCAGUCGUAUCCUCCACUCAACUCCUCAGGCUAUUCCAGAGACGAAGUAAUGCCGACCUCUCGACGUUAUUGGAAGGGACAGAGCCGUUCUUGAGCAAUCUGAUCGACUGUUCGCAAUAUGACUUCAGUUUCCUUACAUCUACUCUCCAGCCCCUCAGGAUGGCUCCUGCUUUGAGAGAUACUAGUGCGGCAGCCUUGAUGCCUCCGUCCAAAUUCAAGGAUUUGUUAUAUGUGCUUCUGAUAGCAGGUGGACAUAUUGUAACUGUCUUGCGACCUAGAAAACAUUCAAUACAUCCGUCCGAUUUGCAUUUGCUUCUGAACACGAUCGCUUCUUCGUCAGCACUUCGUACCACUGAAACAUGGCUUCCCAUUUGCUUCCCCAAGUUCAAUCCUUCUGGAUUUGUUCACGCUUACAUCAGUUACGUUUUGGAGGACGUGGGUCUGGUAUUCGUAAGCGCAGAUAGAGAAGCAUUUGAAGACCUCAGAGUAUGGAAGGAUAUGGUUCUGGAGAAGCUUGAACAAGAUAAAACUCUCAGCAGAAUACAAGAAGCUAUACCUUUGCACCCAUAUACGAUAUCUUCUGUGGGAUGUCCUGGCUUACGCCAUUUCAUCUACAAAUCUCGUCAACAUGUUCAAAUCACUCAACCCAUAUGGGAAGCUCCCUAUGAGGAUGGUUCAACAAACCAGAAACGACUUGUUACGACCUACCAAAAGCUGCACGAUGCCGUUCAUGCCAAGUCUGGACAGGCUUCCGCCCUCAAACUGGUCUACAUCUCUACAGAACAUGAAGCCUGUCUUGUUUGGGCUACGAAACCGUUUGAGCUUUAUAUCACUGUAUCACCCCAGCUUUCCAAGUCAGCUGUUGUAGCGGCUGCCAACAAUGUUGCCAAAUGGGUGCUUGCGGAGGAAGGAAGAAUAUUUCUCAAAGAUGCCCCUGUAUUCUGACCGCACAACGAUGGCAAAAUGCAGAAUAAUAAUGACAAUGGUA